GUUGGGGCCACUCCUUCAUAUAUUUCGACUAGGAGGCCAGAAACAUUUAUUAACAAUCACAAUGUUGGAUCCUGGCAAGGGCCAAAGGGAAGGAGGAAAGAACGAAACCCUAUGGUGGAACUCGAGAAUGGAAAAAUUCACAAGGUAUCAAGGUCUUAUUCAAGCGACACACCAAAAGGGAGUAAAACAGGCUCCCCACAGCAAUGAAAAUCCGUUGCAGGAGCUAGAGUUUACCAGCCUGAUGCAAGAAAAUAAGAAACUCCGUUCGAAGUUACUGGAAUUGGAGAGAGGGGUGGAAGAUCUUAAUCUAAAGGUGCAACAACUUUGGAGCGAACUUGGUGAUCUCGAGUCUGAGUACGCGAGAAUGUUGGCUGAAUUGGGCGCUAUACAUGAUUAGAGAUGCAAGAAAUACAAUGGAUGACUCUCUCUCUCUCUCUCUCUCUCUCGGUGUCUAGAGAGCAUGGUGUUUUGUAGUUCAUGAUUUUGGGUAGUGUACAACGAAAUCCCGCAAUCCUUUUGGAAGAAUUAGGUUGUAAAGAGCAGGUCAGAGUUUUUGUUACAGGGAUCUAAGUUCUGUUGUGGUGUGUAAAUGUGGUAGUCUUUUGUAAAUCAUGGAGUAGAACUAGAAAUGUGUGACAUCUGACAUUGUAUUUGCAAGUUUCUUUGAUCAAGUUUCCUAUGGUGGAGAUGGCCUUUUCAUUU